GUCCAGAGGAGUGACGAGACCGGGUAGGAAGAUGAGUUGGAGUAGAAUUGGAAUUUUGAAUUUCGAAAAGGUGGUAACUGUUAGAAGGGUAAUAGUGUGUUGGACUGGUAAUUUGUGAUUCUUUGGGAGUUUCAGAGAGAUAGGAUUGUUUGGAGUUAAAUACGCGAUCACCCCCCUCCCGUUCUCCCUGUCUUUCCAUACUUGUCACACAACUCACAGUUUCGCAUACAUGCACCCUCUCUUAUCCUAUUUGCUCUGUAACGCAGGCUAGUGGUAGUACUUGUACCACCGUCUCCUUCUAUUCUCCUUCUGGACCGCUGGCAGGGACUCUGGUUUGUUUCAUCAUCUCGGGUAUACUCUAUUCAUCCUUGUUUCUCAGGGAAGGUUUGAAGACUAGCCAUGGCCAAGAAUCAAUUGCAAGUUCUUAACGCACUUGAUGUAGCCAAAACACAAUGGUAUCAUUUCACGGCGAUUGUCAUUGCUGGAAUGGGCUUCUUCACUGAUGCAUAUGAUCUCUUUUGUAUAUCAUUGGUCACAAAAUUGUUGGGUCGCAUAUACUACCAUUCUCCUGGGGAUGCUAAGCCCGGAACUUUGCCUCCAAAUGUGUCGGCUGCAGUUAACGGUGUUGCGUUCUGCGGUACUCUUGCUGGACAGCUCUUUUUUGGAUGGCUCGGUGACAAAAUGGGCAGAAAACGUGUGUAUGGCAUGACCCUCAUGCUCAUGGUCAUAUGCUCAGUUGCCUCUGGCCUUUCCUUUGGCCAUGAAGCGAAAGGUGUUAUGGCCACUCUGUGCUUCUUCAGGUUCUGGCUGGGCUUUGGCAUAGGUGGAGACUACCCGCUUUCUGCCACUAUUAUGUCUGAGUAUGCUAAUAAAAAGACUCGUGGAGCCUUCAUUGCUGCAGUUUUUGCCAUGCAAGGUUUUGGGAUUUUAACUGGUGGAAUCUUUGCAAUUAUAAUUUCUGCCUCGUUUAAGGCUGCAUUUCCUUCUCCAACUUAUGAAAUUGAUCCAGUUGGGUCUACUGUUCCACAAGCUGAUUUUGUUUGGCGGAUAAUUCUCAUGUUUGGCGCCUUGCCGGCUGCUCUUACUUAUUACUGGCGCAUGAAGAUGCCAGAGACUGCUCGUUACACAGCCUUGGUUGCCAAGAAUGCGAAGAAGGCUGCAGCAGAUAUGUCUAAAGUUCUCCAGGUUGAUCUAGAAGCAGAACAAGAGAAAGUUGAGUCGAUCCAACGGCAAGGUAAAGAUUUUGGGUUGUUCACCAAGCAGUUUCUUCGUCGCCAUGGACUUCACUUGCUUGGGACCACUAGCACAUGGUUCUUGUUGGACAUCGCCUUCUACAGUCAGAAUCUGUUUCAAAAGGACAUCUUCAGUGCCAUUGGGUGGAUUCCUGCGGCCAAAACCAUGAGUGCCCUUGAAGAGGUUUACAAAAUUGCAAGGGCCCAAACUCUCAUAGCCCUCUGCAGCACUGUUCCUGGGUACUGGUUCACAGUAGCGUUAAUCGACAAGAUGGGAAGAUUUGCCAUCCAAUUGAUGGGCUUCUUCUUUAUGACCGUCUUCAUGUUUGCCCUGGCUAUACCUUACAAUCACUGGACCCAUAAAGAAAACCGAAUUGGGUUCGUGGUGAUGUACUCUCUCACAUUCUUCUUCGCAAAUUUUGGUCCAAAUGCCACCACAUUUGUUGUGCCAGCCGAGAUUUUCCCUGCAAGGCUACGCUCCACAUGCCAUGGAAUAUCAGCAGCGGCUGGGAAGGCAGGGGCCAUAGUUGGUGCCUUUGGCUUCUUGUAUGCUGCUCAGAGCCAGGACAAGUCUAAGGUAGAUAAAGGGUACCCAACCGGUAUUGGUGUAAAAAAUUCACUCAUAGUUCUGGGUGUCGUCAACUUUCUGGGAAUGUUAUUUACCUUCUUGGUGCCCGAGUCCAAGGGAAAGUCACUAGAGGAAAUGUCUGGUGAGAACGAAGAAGAAGAGAGUCCGUCGGAGGAGUCAAGACAGCAGGCUAGGACUGUUCCAGUUUAAUUAGACCUUUUAUAUUAAUGUAAUCAUUUCCUGUAAUAUGGGGAAUUUACUUAGAUAUAUUUUGUCUUUAAUGUGUUUUAUCACAUAAAUAAACUUUUAUCCAUGCUGCUUUAUCACA